UUCUAUCUAUUCUAAAGAAAAUCCAACUGGUGAAAUUAGGAUUGACAUUGCCCACCCCAUAGGCAAACCUGGGAGAGGCCACCGCCCUAUCGUAGUGAAGUUCGCAGAUCGCUCCAGUGUUGAAAAGAUCUUUAAGUAUGUGCAUCACCUAAAGGGAUCUGAUAUUAGAGUUGCCAGGCAACUCCAUAGGGAGAUGCAACUGAAACGCGAUGCACAGUAUAGCACAUUCAAAGAUCUUAAGAGCUCUGCUGCUAAUCCCAAGGCAGUCAAACUUGUGCAAGACAAGCUGUAUACCUCUGCAGGGUUGGUACCACCCAACUUCUCCAAAUCCCCUUUGGAAAUGCCCAAUAGGGUACAUGCUAAUGCCCACUUAGACGCCUCCCCUGGACAACCAUGUGAUGGUUUUAUUGCAACAACAGUAUCGGUGGACUCCAUUGAGAAUGCUGAGGUUGCUCUAGCCAAACUCAGAUCUACCAAGUCUACUGGGGUGUCACCAUAUGCCUACAGACUAACAGUUAAUGACCAAGUGUUGACUGGCCAUGAUGACGACGGCCUGUUUGGAUCGAGCUCAGAACUCUCAGGCCUUCUUGAGCAAGGUGAACUGGAAAAUGUGUUGAUUAUGGCUCACAAACCAGGGGCAAGGGCUCAACCCCUCAACUCCAAAAACACUCCUAGUUUGGUUAAUGCCGUAAAGAGUGCUUUGGCUGCCUCUUUUUUGAUGGACACAGCAAUCCUGGAAACAAUUGGCUAA